AAAUUAUGGAUUCAAGUUUUUGCUCUUCUUUCAAUCCUCGCAAGCUCAUCCACACCGCACUUUUCUUCUCUAGAGACCAUAACGAAGGAUUUGUGGGUAUUCCAAGGGCAGCUCCGUUACCGGGAUUCGGGAUUCAGUACUCGUAGGACUUUGGCCGUAUCGUGGCAUCUCUGCUGUUACUCAUAAUUUAUGAGUAUUCUGCACACAAACCUGGAAUGGAAAUGUAUGACCUAUAUUCAUUUUCUAUCGGCGUAUCUGAAUUUCAUGUUAUGGAUUGUCAUACUCGAAGCGGACAACAUGGAGAGCCAUCGACCCCACUUGGCAAGCUAGUCCCAAUCAAGUGAACAGGUCCCUUAUCGUGCACUGCUUUCCAGACCCGCCUUUCUCCCCCGCACGCCAGCAAUGAGCUAGACGGUGACACUGUUUUGGAAGCGGCAUCAAUUGGGAGCUGUAUGAUGGGCCAAUUGGGCGUAAUACCUCCUGGCGCCAUACAGACUCGUUCAAAGCUUCACAGAGUCAAUUGAAUCUCGGUUUUAUCCCACUUUCUCCCUGCUCUGCUGUGUCUCUUAUCCCGAUUGAUACAUCAAGUCCCCUCCCCUCCUCUUUGCUAUACCUAUAUAUCUCUACUGACCUCCCUUCUCCAGCUAACCAUAUCCGUUUCCCUUCUGUAUACACUUGCUUUCCGAACUGCAUUCAGCUCUCAAGAUGGCCCUCGACAGACUCAAGUCCGUCACCCAGCAUUUCACUGGAAACACACCUCCUCCCCAUCCUUUUGAUCCCCUCUCAAAUGCCGAAAUCGAGUCUGCUGUCUCGAUAAUUCGAAAGGAACAUGGCAAGCUGCACUAUAAUGCCAUUACUCUCAAGGAACCGCCUAAAAAGGAAAUGCUGAAGUGGCUUGAGAAUCAAAAGCUGCCUCUACCGACCCGAAUCGCGGAUGUUGUUGUAAUUGCGCCUGGUGGGAAGGUUGUAGAUGGUUGGGUAAACCUGCAGACAGGGAAGAUCAUCAAAUGGGAGUCUUUGGAUGGUGUGCAGCCUCUGGUGGGUCUUCAUUCCCAAAAUCAGAUAUUUCUACUGGUAGCUUGGGACUAACUGAAGCAGAUCACAAUGGAAGAUUUACAGAUUGUUGAGCACGUCUGUCGAAAAGACCCCAAAGUUAUCGAACAAUGUGUGAUUAGUGGAGUACCCGCAGAAGAUAUGCAUAAAGUUUUCUGCGAUCGUGAGUUUUCCAAGCUCUCCCAAGAUCUGUGCAAAGCUUGUUCUAACUAUCGUAGCAUGGACUAUCGGUUAUGACCACAGAUUUGGCUCUGAUGUUCGAUUGCAGCAAGCACUCAUGUACUACCGACCACAUAUUGAUGAUAGUCAAUACUCCUUCCCCCUUGACUUUUGCCCAAUUUUCGACGCCGGAAAGCGAGAAAUCAUCCACAUUGAUAUCCCAGAAAUCCGCCGGCCUGUUAGCAAAGCAAAGCCCAAUAAUUACCAUGUUGAUGCAAUUCAGAAGGAGGGAGGAUACCGAAAGGACACCAAGCCUAUCAAUAUUACGCAGCCCGAAGGAGUUUCAUUCAAAGUCGAGGGAAGGGUUAUCGACUGGCAGAAUUGGAAGGUUCACGUAGGAUUCAACUACAAGGAGGGAAUUGUGCUCAACAACAUUACAUACAACGACAAGGGAACCGUUCGGCCGAUCUUCUACAGACUGUCUCUUGCUGAGAUGGUUGUUCCUUAUGGUAACCCCGAACAUCCGCAUCAGAGAAAGCAUGCAUUCGAUCUUGGCGAAUAUGGCGGAGGAUACAUGACCAACAGUCUAUCACUGGGCUGUGAUUGCAAGGGUGCCAUUCAUUAUAUGGACGCAGCGUUUGUCAAUCGUGCAGGAGAUAGCACUACCAUCAAGAAUGCUAUUUGCAUCCACGAAGAAGAUGCAGGGAUAUUGUUCAAGCAUACUGAUUUCCGAGACGACUCCUGCAUAGUAACUCGUGGACGCAAGCUCAUCAUUUCACACAUCUUCACAGCUGCCAACUAUGAAUACUGCGUGUACUGGAUUUUCCAUCAGGACGGUACUGUUCAGCUUGAGAUCAAGCUUACAGGUAUCCUGAACACCUAUGCAAUGAACCCAGGUGAAGAUACCAAGGGCUGGGGAACUGAAGUUUACCCCGGAGUAAACGCUCACAACCAUCAGCAUCUUUUCUGUCUGCGAAUUGAUCCUAAUAUUGAUGGACCAAACAAUACAAUCUUCCAGGUUGACGCAACCCCAGGAGCUGGCGCUGUUGGAAGCAAGGAGAAUCCAUUUGGCAACGCUUUCUAUGCAGAGAGAACCAAGUACACCAAAGUGAAACAGGCAACCAGUGAUUACAACGGUGCUACCUCCCGGACCUGGGAUAUGUGCAACACCAACAAACUCAACCCAUACAGUCACAAGCCAGUAAGCUACAAAUUGGUUAGUAGAGAGGUACCUGGCUUGUUACCCAAGGAAGGUUCCCUGGUUUGGAAACGAGCAGGCUUCGCAAGACACGCUGUUCACGUCACACAAUGUAAGUAAUACGACGCCAUUGUUGAGAGUAUAGCUGACCACUUCCAGAUGACGACAAGCAACUAUACCCAGCCGGUCGCCAUGUGCCCCAAACAUCUGGUGAGCCUUCCAAGGGUAUGCCAGAGUGGAUCGCCAAUGGUGAGGCCUCGAUUGAAAACACCGAUGUUGUUCUGUGGCACACUUUUGGUAUCACGCAUUUCCCCGCCCCAGAAGAUUUCCCAAUUAUGCCUGCGGAACCGAUGACACUUCUGCUGCGACCAAGAAACUUCUUCGUUAGAAACCCCGCAUUGGAUGUUCCACCCAGUUAUUGCAGCACACCUUCUCAAAUCGCAGGUAAGAGUCAGGUGCUUGAUGCUGCGGAUAAGAUGUCGAAGCUUGUGGUUACUGGUAGUGGGGCUGAGUGUUGUUAAAAGUAAGGCUACCUAUUCUAGUUGGCUUCUGGCGUUAAAUGGUCUGGACUGGCUUGGGGGUUGGGGUGGGGAUGGGUACGGGUGUUGAUGUCUUGAUGGAUUUGUUUACAAUUUCUUGCAUAUAAUUUGGUGUGUGGUUUAUCUUAUAGUUGAAAUAGUUAAAAC